CCUCAACACCACCACGCACCUGCAAACCACCGCUUCAUCACCAUCACCUCCACCACCACCUCCAUCAUCUCCAUCGGUACGCACAACCCGCCAUGAGCUCCACACCAACCGUCGAGAGCAUCCGCACGCAGCACGCGACACUGCAGACAAUAGUCAAAGCGAAAGACUACAAGAAGGCCGCCCAAAGCCUCGCGCAACUUAAGCUCGCCCUCCUCGGCUGCAACAUCCUGAUCCCCAGCGCCGCCGCGCCCGCGCAAUCUCUGUGUCUCGCCCGCGACAUCCUCGAAACUGGCGCUGUUGUCAGUAUACACCUCCAAGAUGAAGCCGCGUUCCUGCGGUACUACGCACAGUUGCAGCCGUUCUAUGCGAUGACGGCAUUGGAGAACUCGCCUAGCAAGAGCAAGAACAAGAUCAUGGGCCUGUACCUCUUGCUCUUGCUCACCAAGAAUAAUAUCGCAGACUUUCACACUACCCUCGAGAAUAUGCCCGGGCUCGAGGAGGAUGUGUUUGUGAGGUAUCCGGUCAUGCUCGAGAGAUGGCUCAUGGAGGGGAGCUACGAUAAGGUGUGGCAGGCCACCAAGAGCAGUCAUGUCCCGAGCGAUGAGUAUGCAAUGUUUUCCGAGGUGUUGGUGGGAACGAUCCGCAGCGAGAUCGCCAGCUGUUCCGAGAAGGCAUACGCUUCGUUACCCGUGUCGAAUGCGAAGCAGUUACUGUUCCUGGAGUCGGAGGGCGCCGUGGUCAAGUUCGCGGAAGAGCUAACCACGAGGGAACAGAGGGAAUGGGAGGUCCGCGAUGGCCGCAUUUACUUCCCCGUGGAAGAGAGCGAGAAGGAGGCCAUGUCCAGCAACAAGAUCAUCGAGAACACGAUUGGCUACGCGCAGGAAUUGGAGACGAUUGUUUAG